CCCUUUGGAUGACAUCUCCAUGAGCAGCCUAGACACAUUGGUUUCCACUACAAUGAUGACUGACGACCAUUCUUUGCAAGACACCUUCAGCAUUUCCACAAUCUCCGACUUUAGUUUCGAAGAACACAACAACCCUGGCUUCACACACACCACACCACCUCACGAUAAUGCGAUGGGCACAACCGACAUUGUCACUACUCCAAUACACCCAGAACCUACAAAUCUCUCCCUUACGGAUGAGGUACACCGAAUAGUGACAGGAACCAGCCAAAAGUUUGUCCCCCACCCUCCUUUUGAUGUCGUAGCUACAGAUGCCUUCAAAGGCCUCAAACGUUUUGCUACCACAGUCCGCCUCAAAGAAGAUUUCAUCAACCAACAAAAACAACAACACGACAACUCAACCACCACAUCCAAUUCUAGCUCUUCCAUCAUAUCUGCACUACCAGUUGGUCUCAAAACUAACCUCAAACCCACCCGCUGUUGUGGAACAGCACAAGGCAGCCAUGACUUGGAAUUGUUCCUCAAAGAUCUUUUAAAAUAG